UCGCCGGCGCCGUUCCCUAGCGGGACUCGCGGAGCGGCACUGGGCAUGCUCAGUCGCCGGAUCCCGUCCUGAGCUCAAGUAGGAAGCUCGUGCGCUGCACCCGCAGCUGAUCCGGGCGCUCCGGGGAGGGCGAGACUGGAGCAGAGCUGCCGGGCGCCGGAGCCGAGGCGAGCGCCGCGCGCACCGCCGGUUGGAGCUGCUGUGGGUGAGCCGCUGCGUCCGUAGCCAAGCAUGCUGUGCUCGGAUCUGCCCAGCCGUGGAACAGAAACAUUUGCUGGAUGGAAAAUCCAUAAAAGAAAGCUGCUGUGAAAGCCUGAGACAGACGACACCUUAAGCAAAAUCAGGUAUAUUUGGGCUGCCUGACCUCAUUGAGUGAUUGCUAUUAAUUAACAAACUCUGUGGAAAAAAGGGAGCUUGCCUUCUGAGCUUUGUACCAAAGACCUGGGAAAACUAACCAUCUCAGUCUUUCCUGAGUUCUUGGAGACUGCGAGGCCCCUGCUAAUGUGCUGGCUGGUCACUAUGGGCAGACGGUACCCAGAGGUUCAGUGUCAUCCAGGCAGCUCAUAUUUCAAGUUAUAACCUAUUUCCUGCACCUUUGCUGACGUCCAGUGAUCCAUGUCAGAAGUACUUCCAGCUGACUCAGGUGUAGACACUUUGCCAGUGUUUAUGGCCAGCAGCGGACCCACAGACGUCGCGAAUCGGAACAGCCCGGCCACACCACCAAAUACCCUUAAUCUCCGUUCCUCCCACAAUGAACUGUUGAAUGCCGAAAUAAAACACACAGAAACCAAGAACAGCACACCCCCCAAAUGCAGGAAAAAAUAUGCACUAACUAAUAUCCAGGCGGCAAUGGGCCUGUCGGAUCCAGCGGCCCAGCCCCUGCUGGGAAAUGGCUCUGCCAACAUCAAGCUGGUGAAAAAUGGGGAGAACCAGCUCCGGAAGGCUGCAGAACAAGGGCAGCAGGACCCCAACAAAAAUGUCAGUCCCACUGCAGUCAUCAACAUAACUUCUGAGAAGUUAGAGGGUAAAGAGCCCCACCCGCAGGACUCCUCGGGCUGUGAAAUUUUACCCUCCCCACCCAGGAGAACCAAGAGCUUCCUAGAUUACUAUGCAGACCUGGAAACCUCAACCAGAGAACUAGAGCAGAACUUAGGCAACCAGCAUAGGGUUGUGGAAGAGAAGUCCCAGCCAGGCCAGGGCCAGGCCUCCACCAUCAUUGGGAAUGGCGAUUUGCUGCUGCAGAAACCAAGCAAACCCCAGUUCAGUCCUGAAGAUGGCCAUAUAGCCACAGUGUCAUCCAGCCCGGAGACCAAGAAGGAUCAUCCUAAAACAGGGGCCAAAACUGAUUGCGCGCUACACCGGAUCCAGAACCUGGCACCAAGCGAUGAGGAGUCCAGCUGGACGACACUGUCCCAAGACAGCGCCUCACCCAGCUCCCCAGACGAAACAGCAGAUAUAUGGAGUGAUCAGUCAUUUCAGACCGAUCCAGAUUUGCCACCUGGCUGGAAAAGAAUCAAUGACAUCGCCGGGACCUAUUACUGGCACAUACCAACAGGAACGACUCAGUGGGAACGCCCUGUGUCCAUCCCAGCAGAUCUUCAGGGUUCUAGGAAAGGGUCACUUAGUUCUGUAACGCCGUCUCCCACCCCAGAGAAUGAGAAACAGCCAUGGAGUGAUUUUGCUGUUCUGAAUGGGGGAAAGAUUAAUAGUGACAUUUGGAAGGAUUUGCAUGCAGCCACAGUUAACCCGGACCCCAGCUUAAAAGAGUUUGAAGGAGCAACACUACGUUAUGCAUCUUUGAAACUCAGAAGUGCCCCACAUGCUGAUGAUGACGAUUCUUGUAGUAUCAACAGUGACCCAGAAGCCAAGUGUUUUGCUGUGCGCUCUCUGGGCUGGGUGGAGAUGGCAGAGGAGGACCUCGCCCCUGGUAAAAGCAGUGUUGCGGUCAACAACUGCAUCCGGCAGCUUUCCUACUGCAAAAAUGACAUCCGAGAUACGGUCGGCAUUUGGGGAGAGGGGAAGGACAUGUACCUGAUCCUGGAGAACGACAUGCUCAGCCUGGUGGACCCCAUGGACCGCACCGUUCUCCACUCGCAGCCCAUCGUGAGCAUCCGCGUGUGGGGUGUGGGCCGCGACAACGGCCGAGAGAGAGAUUUUGCUUAUGUAGCAAGAGACAAAGAUACAAGAAUUUUGAAAUGUCAUGUAUUUCGAUGUGACACACCAGCAAAAGCCAUCGCCACAAGUCUCCACGAAAUCUGCUCCAAGAUUAUGGCCGAACGGAAGAAUGCUAAAGCCCUGGCCUGUGGUUCCUUACAGGAAAGAAACAAUGUGAAUCUCGACGUUCCCUUGCAAGUAGAUUUUCCAACACCAAAGACUGAGCUGGUCCAGAAGUUCCACGUGCAGUACCUGGGCAUGUUACCUGUAGACAAGCCGGUCGGAAUGGAUACCCUGAACAAUGCCAUAGAAAGUCUCAUGACCUCAUCUGACAAGGAGGACUGGCCGUCAGUGAACAUGAACGUGGCCGAUGCUACUGUGACCGUCAUCAGUGAAAAGAAUGAAGAGGAAAUCCUAGUGGAGUGUCGUGUGCGAUUCUUGUCCUUCAUGGGCGUCGGGAAGGAUGUCCACACAUUUGCCUUCAUCAUGGACACUGGGAACCAGCGCUUUGAGUGCCACGUUUUCUGGUGCGAGCCGAAUGCCGGUAACGUGUCCGAGGCGGUGCAGGCCGCCUGCAUGUUACGAUACCAGAAGUGCUUGGUAGCCAGGCCGCCUUCACAGAAAGUUCGACCACCUCCUCCGCCAGCAGACUCAGUGACCAGGAGAGUCACAACCAAUGUAAAACGAGGGGUCUUAUCCCUCAUUGACACUUUGAAACAGAAACGCCCUGUCACAGAAACGCCAUAGCUGCAUAUGUUAAAGGAUUCUCUACUAUUUACCUGAAGACUGAACAGCUACACUAAAGAAGAUGAACUGAUGUCUGGCCUUCCGUUCAGUUGCUGAUGCUUUGUCUUCAGAGAAUUUAUUCCUAACCAGUGUUAGACAAGCAUGAUCUCUCGUCUCGCCACCAUCAUGUGAUAUGAAAAGAAGCAUGACUAAUUUUUUUUUGCUGUCAGUAAGUUACAUCAUGAGCAGUGGAAGGUCUUUUUCUUAUUGUAAAUAUCGUGAACAUUGCUUCACACACACAGAGAAGGAUGUGGCCACACCCCUCCUAGUGAACUAAUCCUGAGUCCUUGGAGUGAAUGACGUCUGAGGUAGUGUCACCAUCGUCUUGACUGGAUCUGUCACAAGCAACCUUUAAGUCCUACGGCACUUCACCCUGUUUUCAACGUUGGAGUAGACGCUGUGUACCAGACACAUUUGAAUUGCUGUAAGAAUAGGAUGACCAGGUUUUGUUUUCGUUUUUCAUAAAAUUGAACCUCUAGGUUGACAAAAUUGGCUGUUGGCAUCAGUACGGAAACAAACUGGCAGCUUUCCUUGGCGAGCUGUUUGACACAUGGACACCAUUUCAUGUCUACAGCUGUUUGUGGGAUGUUGGGGGAAAAAAGUGAAACUUCAAAAUCGAAAAACAGACUAAAUUUCAGAAAUCAAAAUCAAACAAAAAUAGCCUUUCUUUUCAGAUGGUUUUCAAAGUGAUUAUUAAGAAAAAGAGAUUAACAAAAUCAUAACGCAUUUCGGGUGGGACAUUUUUCAAACUUCUGCCUUAUACUGUACAAUGCAGCUAGAGAAUUAUAGUUCACUAUGGCCAUUCUCUACUUAAACAAUAUUAAAAUGAAAUGCUCCUCGUCAGCCUUUCAUCCUUAGGAGUUUGAUAAUUAGCCAAUAUGCAAUUUGGAGUUGAGGACAUACCAUUUCUAUUUUAGAUCUCCACCACCACAUUAUUUUGUUAGUCCGCCGCCUAGGUAAGCAUCUGCUAGGAUCCUGCAUCUAGCUCAGUCUUACCCUGAUGCUUUUUGCCCAGAAAGCUGUCUAUCCAUCAUGUAUAGUCCAUGGCAACAAAUUACAUUAAAUCGAACCUUUCUUGAAUUUUAUGUAUUUAAUAUUAGAAUUUGUUGCAACUCUACUAGAUAUAUUUUUAAAUUUGUAUUUUUUUCCAUUUUAUUUCCAAGAUUUAAAAAUUUAUCAGAGCAAAAUAUACAUAGGAACAAUGGACUGUUUAACAAGGUUCCCAAAAAUAGCACUUUCCUGCUUCUCUCUCUAUAGAUAAAGGAACUUAGCUGUGAAGAUUACAUAGGUUUAGACUCUUGUUGACAUUGUUGUUUUAAAAGGAAGUUGCUAAGGAGAUCAAUCUAAACACUGGUCUUGUUUCCUUUUUAAUGUCAAAAUUAACAUUUUAUAACAUUCAGUUAUAACAGUAAUGCUCUAUGUUUAUCCACUUUUAUGUACUUGUCAAAAUGGUUUCCACAUUCUUAUCACAUUUGAGCCUUAUAAGAUAGAGAAGAUACUAAACACAUUUGAGAAAUGAAAAUAUGAAGUACCAAGAGGCUCAGUCAUUUAGCCUAAGAUCUCAUGAAAGUUAGUGAGAAAACCAGGACUAGGGCUCACACUUCCCAACUCUAAGUUAUGCUGCUUCCACACCAGCCAGCAAGAGUCUUUCUGGAAUUACUCCGGGCAUAUCCAGCUGUUGUCAGGAAAUCUUAGGAUUCCCUGUAUAAGUAGGGCAAUGUGUCCAAAUUACUCACGCAGUGCUGUCAAUUACAAGACGCUUGUCCUCUCUGUCCAGCACUGUUUUCCUGCCGUGUGCCUCAAACCAGUUGUGGAGGACAGGAUUCUACAUGCAGUACAGCCGGUUCAACCCACAAGAUUUUCCAGGGAUGUCACAUAUGGUAGACAUAAUCCUAACUCGUGAUACUUCGCCACCAGGGAACGUGAUGGAAUGACUAGGUGGCUUCCUCCCUCCGUCCCCUCUCAGAAUUCUGGAAUUAUUUGCUAGCACCCUAGUGUUGUGACAAAAAAGAUGACACUCUAGAAAUGAAUUAUACUUCUCACCAGCCUAUAUACUGUUCUCUCUGAAGUAACCAAUACCAUCGUAAGAAAUUAUUGCAUUAGGAAAAUCCUUACUGUGCCCUUUGAAAGCUGUUCACAAUUCAAUCCUGAUGAUCAUUCAUCUUGAUCUCCACAGUGAAAUGUUUGAGUGUGAUAAACCUCAAAAUCCUGAACAAGUCAUCCACUCUUGUAUUGGAACUCUCUACUGUUCGUUUUUCAAGGCAUACAUUUAUUUGUUUUCAGGAUCAAGAGUACUGAGCUAGCUUUAAGUAGCAAACUGAUUUAUAUAUGCAAUUAUAGGAUGCAUUAAGAUGAAUGAUAGCCUUUACAUAUUGAAAACUUUACUGCAGAUAUUUUCAUUUGAAAAUAGCUUUGCAUACUAAAUGCAAUUAAUUUUGUAAAAUUAAUUAUGUUAAACAGUAUGUUCAGACACUUCCUGCCAUGGCCAAAAAGUACGUAUGAGAGUCCGUGUGUCUUUUUCUGUGAAAGGGUGCCAGUGUGUGACCUGAUGACGUAGUGAGACUUCAGUUAUCUAUGCAUUCUUUAUAUCUGUGAUUCGGUAAACAGGCAGCCACGUUCACUAUGCCUUGGAUGUCUUAUCAUUUUUUUAAUUAAUCUGUUAAAUACAGCUUAAAAUAUUUUUAUUUUAUUUAUUCUAUUUUUACUGAAAUAUACUGCAUUAUUGUGUUAAUGUAUUAUCUUUACUGGAUAUUAUCUCACAAUGUAUCCAGGCCUAAAUAAUCUCAGUGAACUGUAUACAUUGCCUAAAAGGUGGUUUUGUAAUGAUUUAUAGUCACAUUUUUAUUGGAAUAUGUAGAAGACAAAAUGCUUACAGUUCCUUUUAUUUUUUAAAAGCAGCUAGAUAGACGCAGACUUGCCACCUCAUGUCUGUGCUCCUUGGCAGCAUCAAGGGGAAUAGCCAACAUGCCUAUGGCUAGAAACUUUACUUUGCAAACUCAAGCACUGCCUGGUGCUUCGUUUUUAUAUCCUUCACGACACGUGUGAUCUCAUCUGAAAGACACAUGUCCACAUGCCCUCUGUUUCCCCCUGGAUAUAAGAUUACCCAUAUCUAACUAGGACCAUUGUUUUUUGUUUGUCUCUGUCUUAUUGCAUGAAGGGACAUUAGACCCAUUUCCAUUAAAAUAAGUUCUUGGUGAUAAACUGUUGGCACUGCUACUUUUUAAAAAGUCCACUUUCUGAUUUUAUGAUAGACAUUUGUAAGGCGAUCCUACACGAGGUUGGUUGCUAGAAGCCCUAAAUCUUUCCUCCUUUGCUUGUAUGACACACUCAUUUCAUAAGUGUUGCAACACAAAUUCAAGAUGUUGUAAACCAUAAGAAAAACAUUUCCCUAACUGAUAUUAGUACAAUUUAACUAGUAAAAUCAUUAGCACUCUAGUUUGCCAGGCUGACUUAACAUAAUACAGAGCUAACGUGUGUUAUACAGCCAGUAAAAUGAAGUGAGUUUAUUUCAGCUUCAGGGAAAAGGUCCUGCUCACACUUCAUCAGUGAGAACACUCCCCUGCCGUCAAAGCAGCUUGUUUAUCCCAAGAGAACGUUUGGUUUUGCUUUCUGCCCCUUUUGCUGUUGACCACUUUUACACAUUUUAAAUGUAAUAUGUUGUGAGAAUAAACUUAGCUGCAUAAAA